GGUGUUUCCUCACCGAUGGAGAAUUACUUCCAAGCAGAAGCUUACAACCUGGACAAGGUGUUAGAUGAAUUUGAACAAAACGAAGAUGAAACAGUUUCUCCUACUUUGCUGGAUACAAAGUGGAAUAAGAUUCUAGAUCCCCCUUCUCACCGACUGUCAUUUAGCCCUGCAUUGGCCAGUGUGAAUGAACCUGCAGUUUCUGAUGAGUCACAACCACAACAGAAAGUCUUCUCCCUGGCUUAUUCAGCUCCUCUGACCACAGAGGGAGAGGAUCAUUGUGCUAAUAGACAGGACUGUGGUGUAAAUCCAGAGACCACCACAAUGUGGAUUGAUGAAAAUGCCGUUGCAGAAGAUCAGUUAAUUAAGAGAAACUAUAAUCAGAAUGAUCAAUUCAGUGCUGUUGAAGUGGGAGAGAAGAAGUGUGGAAAUCUAGCUUGUUUGCCAGAUGAGAAGAAUGUUCUUGUUGUAGCUGUCAUGCAUAACUGUGAUAAAAGGACAUUACAAAGCGAUUUGCAGGAUUGUAAUAGUUGUAAUAGUCAAUCCCUCAUGGAUGCUUUUAGCUGUUCACUGGAUAAUGAAAACAGACAAACUGAUCAAUUUAGUUUUAGUAGAAGUGGGUCUUCUGAAAAAGAUAUGAACUCAGAAAAACAAAUGGAUCCAUUGAAUAGACCAAAAACAGAGGGGGAUUCUGUUAGCCAUCUAUGUACUACUUCAUCUGAUAGGCUAGCCAGUGUCUGUUUCCCUUCACAAUUAAAGGAUGAUGAAAAUGUAGGUAGAGACCUCUCCAUGUCUGCGAUUACAAGUUUACAGGUUGAUUCAGUAAUCUCAUCCCAGGGAACAGGUGGAGGUCCUGCUGUUAAAAAGCAAGAGAACUAUACACCAGAUGAGGACCUCACUGGUAAAAACUGCUGUCCUAGGACAGAUCUAGGGAGUCCAAACUCCUUUUCCCACUUGAGUGAGGGAAUUUUGACAAAAAUAGAGCCAGCAGAGGAGAGAACCACUGAAGAAUCCCUCCGGUCUGGUCUACCGUUGUUUCUCAAACCAGACAUUCCUAAUGGGUCUGAAAGGGAUAAUAACUAUGAACAGUUUUCUGAUUGCUUUGUGCCUAGUGAAGUUAGGGCUAAUGAAAAUAAGGGUUGUGAACAUGAAGAAAUUCUUGGUACUACAGAAUUUCUUAAUAUGACAGAGCAUUUCUCUGAAUCUCAGGAGAUGACUAACUGGAAAUUGACUAAACUAAAUGAGAUGAGCGAUAGCCAAGUAAAUGAAGAAAAGGAGAAUUUUCUUCAGAUUAGUCAGCCUGAGGACACUUAUGGUGAUAGUGGAGGAGAGUGUGUUGGAAUGACAGACGCAGGUCUAGAUUUAAAAGGAACUUGCAUGAAUGAAAGUGAAGGAUGUGAUUUCUCCACUGUUAUAGAUACACCAGCAGCAAAUUCUCUAUCUAAUGGUUGUGAUUCCUAUGGAAUGCAGAGUCCAGUUGUUUCUUUUGUUCCAAAGACUUUACCCUCCAAAGAAGAUUCAGUAACAGAAGAAAAAGAAAUAGAGGAGAGCAAGUCGGAAUACUACUCAAAUAUUUAUGAACAGAGAGGAAAUGAGACCACAGAAGGGAGUGUACUACUGUUAAACAGCACUGGUGACCUAAUGAAGAAAAAUUAUUUACAUAAUUUCUGUAGUCAAGUUCCAUCAGUGCUUGGGCAGUCUUCCCCCAAGAUAGUAGCAAACCUGCAAUCUAUCAGUGUUCCUUUUGGUGGUGCAAGACCUAAGCAACCUUCUAAUCUUAAACUUCAAAUUCCAAAGCCAUUAUCAGACCAUUUACAAAAUGACCUUGCAACAAACAAUGGAAAUAAUAUUAAAAACAAAAAUGAUAUUCUUGGGAAAGCAAAAUUAGGAGAAAACUCAACAACCAAUGUAUGCAGUGCAUCUUUGGGAAACAUCUCUAUCGUUGAUACAAAUGGGGAACAUUUAGAAAGUUAUGAGGCUGAAAUCUCCAGUAGACCAUGUCUUGCGCUGGCUCCAGAUAGCCCAGAUAAUGAUCUCAGAGCCGGUCAAUUUGGAGUUUCUGCCAGAAAACCAUUUACCACUCUGGGUGAGGUGGCUCCAGUAUGGGUACCGGAUUCUCAGGCUCCAAAUUGCAUGAAAUGUGAAGCCAGGUUUACAUUCACCAAAAGGAGGCAUCAUUGUAGAGCAUGUGGGAAGGUGUUCUGUGCUUCCUGCUGUAGCCUAAAAUGUAAACUCUUAUACAUGGACAGAAAGGAAGCUAGAGUGUGUGUAAUCUGCCAUUCAGUGCUAAUGAAUGCUCAAGCCUGGGAGAACAUGAUGAGUGCCUCAAGCCAGAGCCCUAACCCUAACAAUCCUGCUGAAUACUGUUCUACUAUCCCUCCCUUGCAGCAAGCUCAGGCCUCAGGAGCCCUGAGCUCUCCACCUCCCACUGUGAUGGUACCUGUGGGAGUUUUAAAGCACCCUGGAGCAGAAGUGGCUCAGCCCAGAGAGCAGAGGCGAGUUUGGUUUGCUGAUGGAAUCUUGCCCAAUGGAGAAGUUGCUGAUGCAGCCAAAUUAACAAUGAAUGGAACUUCCUCUGCAGGAACCCUGGCUGUGUCGCAUGACCCAGUCAAACCUGUAACUACCAGUCCUCUACCAGCAGAGACGGAUAUUUCUUUAUUCUCUGGGAGUAUAAAUCAGGUUGGAAGUCCUGUUGGGAGUGCAAUGAACCUUGUUCCUGAAGAUGGCCUUCCUCCCAUUCUCAUCUCCACUGGUGUAAAAGGAGACUAUGCCGUAGAAGAGAAACCAUCGCAGAUUUCAGUAAUGCAGCAGUUGGAGGAUGGUGGCCCUGACCCACUUGUAUUUGUUUUAAAUGCAAAUUUGUUGUCAAUGGUUAAAAUUGUAAAUUAUGUGAACAGAAAGUGCUGGUGUUUCACAACCAAGGGAAUGCAUGCGGUGGGUCAGUCUGAGAUAGUCAUUCUUCUACAGUGUCUACCGGAUGAAAAGUGUUUGCCAAAGGAUAUCUUUAAUCACUUUGUGCAGCUUUAUCGAGAUGCUCUGGCAGGGAAUGUUGUGGGCAACUUGGGACAUUCCUUUUUUAGUCAAAGUUUCCUCGGCAGUAAAGAACAUGGUGGAUUCCUAUAUGUGACAUCUACCUACCAGUCACUGCAAGACCUAGUACUCCCAACCCCUCCUUAUUUGUUUGGGAUUCUCAUCCAGAAAUGGGAAACUCCUUGGGCUAAAGUGUUUCCCAUCCGACUGAUGUUGAGACUUGGAGCUGAAUAUCGACUUUAUCCAUGCCCACUGUUCAGUGUCAGAUUUCGGAAGCCAUUGUUUGGAGAGACGGGGCAUACCAUCAUGAAUCUUCUUGCAGACUUCAGAAAUUACCAAUACACCUUGCCAGUAGUUCAAGGUUUGGUGGUCGAUAUGGAAGUUCGGAAAACCAGCAUCAAAAUUCCCAGCAACAGAUACAAUGAGAUGAUGAAAGCCAUGAACAAAUCCAAUGAGCAUGUCCUGGCAGGAGGUGCCUGCUUCAAUGAAAAGGCAGAUUCCCAUCUUGUGUGUGUACAGAAUGACGAUGGAAACUAUCAGACCCAGGCUAUCAGUAUUCACAAUCAGCCCAGAAAAGUGACUGGUGCCAGUUUCUUUGUGUUCAGUGGUGCUCUGAAAUCCUCUUCAGGAUACCUUGCUAAGUCCAGUAUUGUGGAAGAUGGCGUUAUGGUCCAGAUCACUGCAGAAAACAUGGAUUCCUUGAGGCAGGCGCUGAGAGAGAUGAAGGACUUCACUAUCACCUGUGGGAAGGCAGAUGCAGAGGAUCCCCAAGAGCACAUCCACAUCCAGUGGGUGGAUGACGACAAGAACGUUAACAAGGGUGUCAUAAGUCCUAUAGAUGGGAAGUCCAUGGAGUCUAUAACAAAUGUGAAGAUAUUUCAUGGAUCAGAGUAUAAAGCAAAUGGAAAAGUCAUCAGAUGGACAGAGGUGUUUUUCCUAGAAAACGAUGACCAGCACAAUUGCCUAGGUGAUCCUGCAGAUCAUAGCAGAUUGGCUGAGAAUGUUGCCAAGGCUUUUUGCCUUGCUCUCUGUCCCCACCUGAAGCUUCUGAAGGAAGAUGGAAUGACUAAACUGGGACUACGUGUGACACUCGACUCAGACCAGGUUGGCUAUCAAGCAGGGAGCAAUGGCCAGCCCCUUCCCUCACAGUACAUGAACGACCUGGACAGCGCUUUGGUACCGGUGAUCCAUGGAGGGGCCUGCCAGCUCAGUGAGGGCCCUGUCGUCAUGGAACUCAUCUUUUAUAUUCUGGAAAACAUCGCAUAGACAGAAGACUUUUUUGUUGUUGUUGUUCAGACCUGUUGCAACAGCACUCAUACCCAAAUCAUUUGCACUUUAAAACUGGAAGAUUAAGCUUUUGUUAACACUAUCAGUGGGGGGAGGGGGGUGACUAGGGUGGGAAUGGGGGUAUGAGGAACAGGGGUGGGAAGGUGGGCGGUUGGGGGGACAGAUGUUCUAUAAUUCUAAGUCUUCUAUGCAUUGUCCACCAAGAAGAUCUGGGCAGCUUCUGUUACUGCACAACAGUUAUGCUAUCCUUGCAGCUAAUUCCCUUCUCUUUAGACAAGAAUUCUGUUCCUCUCUUAAGAUAUACUUAUGGUCAUGUGCUCAGAAAUGCUCAGAUGGGUACAACCAUCACCAAGGGUGGGGUGGGAGGGCAGAAGGGAAAUAAAAAAUGAAGCAUCAGUCUUGUACUUUUUGUACAGAAUUGGUAUAAAAAGAAUUCCACAGUGGUCUUGUCCCAGUUACAUCAUAGCUGUUUAAGCAGAAGUCACACUUAGAUUUUUGUUUUUACCAGAUUAUUUGUUGAAGUGAAUCAAAGACCCAAAGAUUUAAUCUACUCUCCUAGCCAUGAAGGGUAAUAUAAAUAAUAAUAUCAGUGUAAAUGAGCUCAUUUGGAUAGCACAGCUGAUUCAGGAUCACUUGAGAUCUGCCUGAGUGAAUGGCAGGUACUAAACUGGGCCUUUGUGUGAAAGCCAACAGAAUACACCUAAGACAUUUUUAGUUACAAUAUACUACAGGGAUUUAAAAAAACAUUUUAUUGAGAAAUCAUCUAAAUUUCCCGGAAAGUUGCGAGUAAACACUAGGUACACUUCACCCAGUUUACCCAGGUUCACUUAUUGUUCUCAUGUAACAUUUUGCCCCAUUUAUCAUUGUUUCUCUUUCCCUUUCUCUUUCAAAAAAACUGAGGCAUUUGAGAAGGCUAUGUUGCAUACGUCAUAGCCCUUUAUCCCUAAAUAUUUUAAUGGUUAUUUCCUAAAAACAAGGACAUUCUCUUAUAUAACUGCAGGACAGUUCUCAACAUCAGUCAAAUUAGCAUUGAUGUGAUACUUUAUACUAGCAUCUGCCCAAUGUUCUCUCUAGCAUUUUUCCUCUCUGGUAAACCUUCUAGCCUAGGGUCAGACAUGGCAUGUAACUGUUCUGACUUGCCUUUAUCUUUUAUGUCAUUGAUAUUUUCGGUGGUUAUACCACCCCCACCCCCCAAUCCUGUUUAUAAUCAGAAAAUACCUCAUUUUUGAGUUUGUUUCUUAAUAAUUAGAAUCAGUUUAUGCAUUCUUGACCAGAAUCACUUGAUAUCCACGCACCCCUCAUUUAUGGUGGUAAAUUUUGAUCACCUGUUGUCCAGUUUCUCCACCGUGUAUUUUUCCCCCUUGGAACUAAUAACCAAUAUAUGUAGAGACAUUUCAGACCAUGUAAAUAAAUAUCUUGCUCAUCAAAAUGUCCCCUUAGAUUUAGCAUCCACUGAUGUUCCUUACCUGCACUGAUCUUUUACUAAGAUGGCUGUAAGAUGAUUUUCCAAUUGUAGCACACCCUCCAUCUUUACCAGGAGCACUUGGUAAUUUACUAUAAGCAAAAGCCCUUCCUUCCUCUCUAUUUAUUCAUUUAAUUCAUUUUCAUUAUGGACUCAUGGUUUGUUCUUGGUUUUUUCUUAGUGGUUCUAAUUCAUUAUUUUGGUGCACAAAUUGUCUCAGCUUUGGCCAGAUGGAGCCCCUUCAAACUGACUCCUACGUCCUUGUGACGUGCUACUACUAUUUUGAACACUUCCUUUGAUAGCCUAACAUGCUGUUUCUAGUCUCACCUUGUGCUUACCCUGCCCCAGUCCUAGAGUCAGCCAUUUCUCCAAGGAGUCCUGGUUUCUUUAAUGGGAGUGCUAUCAGAAACCAAGAUCUGGUUUACCCAUGGUACCUAUAAUGCACUCUGAUCAUUUUCUCUUCUGUUAAAAAUUUUAUUUUGGUCACAGACCAAAUGGAUUCCACAACCCAGUUUGAAAAAUACUGCUCCAGGGCAGCUCACUACACUGUCACUUGCAUCUUUUGAAAGCCCAGGCUGAGUGGAAGUUAAUACCACUGCAGUAAAAGUACAGAACUAGUGCAGCCUCUGGGACAGUGAGAGGCCACUCCCCACUGGUUAGAGCUGGGCUUAGCACUCGGCAGUAACAGGCUGUGGAGUUGUUUGGGGCAGCAGCCGUUUUCCAGAGGCCCGAAGGCCUGGCCUGGAACGUGUGUCUAGCUAGGUUCAUCCCUCUUUCUGUAGGAUGGGGAGCUACAUUCCACAUCUUCCUCUCCAAAGCCUUUGCUGAAUGGUGGCUGCAGAGGACUGUGAUUUGUGACCUUUCCCAUACACUCAGAGGUACUCAGAGCUUCUAAGGGGGAAAAAAAAAAGGUAAGUGCCCCUUAGCUCAACCAGCUUGUAAGGACUUAGAGCACUAGUUUAUAAGGACUGGGCCCUGGGACUGCCACCCCACACACUUGACAGUAACAGGAAGCACUUGUUAAGAGGGGCAGGUAUUUUUAGUGAAAUAUCUAGCUUAGUCUAAAUAUACUUCAGAAGUUUGGAGCUUCUACAAGGACUGGUCCUGUUUUCCUAUGGUUUAUCUUCCUACUCAGCCAUAUACAUCUUGCUAUUGUAUGUAUUAUUCUGGAUCAUGCAAGCUUGGUAAUUCUCCCACUAAGGACAAACUUUGACCUUGUAUAGUCAGGUCCAUUUUCAAUUGCAUAAAAUAUCUUUUAUGUUUAGUAAAAUCAUCUUGUGGAAUUGGGCAUA